AUGAAGUUCACUGUCGCAAUCGCCACCGCCGCCCUGGCCUUCGCAGGUUCCGCAAACGCUGGCCCAUGCAAGGCUGGCUUGGAUUACUGCGUCUAUGUUCUGGAUACUCUGAACUAUGGCUACCAUGACGCUGUUAAGCAGGAGCUGCGAAACAAGGGGGAGAUCUUUCUCUCUAAUGCCCCAGGUCUCUGGGAUGGUCUCCUGUUCCACUGCAACAACGAUCAAACCAUUUCCUUGAAGGACAAGUGCGCUGGUGGCUGCUUUAAUGGCGGAAACGGCAAUAGCGAUAUUUGCAGCCAUGAUGCGUCGAACUGGCUGUGA